GGCAUUGUUCAAGUAACAAGGGCUUUGAGCUGCAGAUUUAAAUCCUUUUCACUGGCUAGUCCAAUUAACCUUAGACAACUACAGCGACAGGACGACUUGUAGUGUGGUGGCUGAAUUUCUACAGCAAUCUCCACACCGAACAGAUAAAAUUGAAACCCUUACAGAUUAUAUUUGGUAUCGUAAACUUUCGCCUGAAAUGGAAGAUGCUUUGAAUCACUUCUCUGGAACUGUUACCUUCAAUCUCUCCACGGAUCCUACAGAAAGGGAUCACAAAUCUGUGUUUUCCCAGACAGAACACAUCAUUGUUGCAACUUAUCUGAUAACUGCAGGAGUAAUAAGUCUACUCAGCAACAUAAUUGUGUUAAUUAUGUUCGUUAAGUUCAAGGAGCUCCGCACAGCGACAAACGCUAUUAUCGUGAACUUGGCUUUUACCGACAUUGGAGUGAGUGGCAUUGGCUAUCCAAUGUCAGCUGCCUCAGACCUGCACGGUAGUUGGAAAUUUGGACAUGCGGGGUGUCAGACUUAUGCAGCUCUAAAUAUAUUUUUUGGAAUGACAAGCAUUGGGUUACUUACUGUGGUCGCCAUUGACCGUUACCUGACCAUUAGCAAACCUGAAAUAGGAAGAAGAAUGACCAGUUCCACAUACACAGCCCUGAUCACAGUGGCUUGGGUCAAUGGUCUGUUCUGGGCUCUGAUGCCUGUAGUGGGCUGGGCUAGUUAUGCCCCAGAUCCAACAGGAGCCACGUGCACUAUUAACUGGAGGAACAACAACUCACUGUUUGUUUCCUACACCAUGACAGUGAUUGCUGUUAACUUUGUGGUGCCACUAUCAGUCAUGUUCUUCUGCUAUUACAAUGUGUCAAAAACGAUGAGUAGGUUUAUAAGCAGCCCCAGCCCGGAAAAUAUAAACCUGGAUUGGUCAGAUCAGCUGGAUGUAACAAAGAUGUCUGUGGUGAUGAUUGUGAUGUUCCUUCUGGCUUGGUCCCCAUAUUCUAUUGUGUGUCUGUGGGCAUCCUUUGGGAACCCAAAACUCAUUCCACCUGCGAUGGCAAUUAUAGCUCCCCUUUUUGCCAAGUCUUCCACUUUCUAUAAUCCCUGUAUAUAUGUUAUUGCAAAUAAGAAGUUUCGGAAAGCUAUCAUGGCUAUGAUAUGCUGCCAGAAUCGUCAGGAGAUAACCAUCAACCACACUCUGCCAAUGACCAUCUCACGGGUCCCCCUAACAGAAUAAAACUGUUUUUAUUGAAAUCUGCAUUCAAAUCGUACCUCAGGACUCAUUCUUAGCCCCCUCCUCUUCCCCAUCUACACCCUCUCUCUCGGCAAUG